GGCCUUUGAAAAGAGAUUGUACAAUUUGAAUACGCAACGGUUGAUAAUUUCAUUUCUGUAGCUCGCUGUUACCUGCUAACCUUCUGCAGCUUUUUCAUAACAAGGAUGAUUUUAGGUUUAUUAAAAAGAUAUUCUUCAUUGUAGUUGACACGCUUGAAACUUAAUAGGACGAAAAUUUAAUUCUACGCCUCGCUUUUGAUUCGUUGGGGAAGAUAGCAUCUAAAUAUGACUGUAUAAAACCUUCUGCUUUUCGUUAAGAGAAGUAUUCACAGACAAAUCUGUGUGAGAUGCAUCAUUGAUGAUGGCCGAUAUUUCUAAUAGCACGCAGACCUACUCAACGGACAUGUUUUGGACUGAUAUCCAGAAUGCAAGUGGAUACAUGAAUGUCACUGCUAAUUCUUUGGAUCCCUUUGGAACUACUGCACCUAGCCUGAAGAGUCUCAUCUUCCCCGCUGUAUUUUUCGCGCUCAUUGUACUUGCCAACAUCAUCAGUCUUGGCGCAUUCUUAGUAGAAAAACGUCUCCGUACCUACAAUAAUUACUUCAUCAUAAACCUGACCAUACUUGAUCUGCUGGUUGGAAUUGGACUGGGAGCUGUCGUAGAGCACUCGUACAUUAAACGGUACCCAUUCUCUCAAAAUGCCUGUAAGGUCAUAACUGGGAUCUUCCAAGGAAUCGUCAAUGCUUCUAACAUCAACGUGGUUGUGAUAUGUGCCGAUCGACAUCAAGCGGUCUAUGAUCCCAUCAACCAUUAUAUCUCUCGAUCAAAGCGCAAGGCAAUCAUCAUCAACUCUCUGCCAUGGGUGAUUGGACUCUCGUUCUGGAUAGGGUACGUCACCGUGUGGGAGUUCGUCGUCGAUCACGACAACGGACUCCACUGUACUCAGCUGUACUUUUUCAGUCCGUUGACGAAUAUGAUCCAAAGUGCGGCCAUGUUCUUCUUGCCUUUGGCCAUCAUGGCCGUUCUCUAUGUCAGAAUCUUCAUCAAGAUACGAAAGACGGUUGGAAGACGGAACAACAAGAAGUCGACCAAUUUAACGGAUCUCAACCUUUCCACCGUUAAGGAUACUGAGAUGACGGGUGUAAGCGUUUCAUCGACAUCGCAUACAGGUUCAUUUAGUGACAUUACGGAGACGGGGAGCAGAGAUGACAUCAUGGUAUCAUCUUCAUCACGUAAUGAGACCAAGAUCGAAAAUAUUGACCAAGAAAUAUCGACAUCAACGUCACAUCGCGUGGAAUCGACGGCUGAAAUGACGAAGGCGACACUUACUCUCCUCCUCAUCGUCAUCGCUUUUGUACUGACAUGGAUUCCGAUUAGCGUAAUCAAUUUAAUCUACAGUAUCGAACCUCAACUCAUCGUACCUCUUCUCUCAAAUGGUGCUUUCACUGUCUUUAGCAAUCUGCAGUACGGGAAUAGCCUCCUGAACCCUAUAUCCUACGCCAUGUCGCAGCCUCUGUUCCGUGGCACUGUCAUCAAAAUGUUCUCCUGUAAUCGACCGUCGCGGGCCAACUAGCCUACUCAUUCAAGCGCGUACGCAGGGGGAGGGGGUUAAACCCCCUUCAAAUAUUU